AACGACGAAGAAUAAAAAAUUUCAUACCUCACUCGUAUCUUGCAGUGAAUAUGAAACUCGCGUUACUCUACUUACGUCAUCAAGUUUAAUAAUAGGUGAGACAAGUAAUUAUACCUAAUCAGCAAAUUCCACCUCGAUUUCGCAUUAUCAACGUGGGUCAAUGAAACCCACUCACGACAAGAGAAACUCGCCAAUCCGAUAUGACCUAAAUUAUAAAUUCACACAUAUUGAGUUCGAUUCGUCAGUUCUUAAGCUAACAUGAAGAGUCUUGCAAAAUUUCGCCAACACAGAAUCUAUUAUUUAUUGCAUUUUAAUUUUGCUAACGAAAUUAAUGACCUUUCCCCAUUAAAGUAAUACAAACGUAUUAAUGAAGAAGGGGAAAGUUUUUCGUUCAACUACGUAACAUUGUUGCAUGUGUGCACAUUCGUCUCUUAUAAAAGGACCGAUUGUGAUCGAAUUGCUUCAUUAUCGGUUGAAGACUCGGUAUUGAAUCGAUGAUUAAUCAGUCCGUCAAAUUUAUUCAUAUCAAUCAUCGAUUCUGUAAAGUAUCAGUUAUUGUAUAAAAUUACGCGAUUACUGUUACAUUUAAAACUUUGUUACGAAUAAGUGCACAUUUCGUUAAAAUGAAUAGAUUCUUCCUAGUUAUAUGUAUGGUGCUAUUUGCAAACGCUAUUGAAAUUUCGAGAAAGGAUAGCGCUGAGAAGUUGUCCGUGAAAUUAUCGAAGAAGAAAUCGCAGUCACAAUGGUCACUAAAUGGAAUCACAUCCGACGAUGAGAGAUCCGCAAGAAUAAACUACGGAUUCGAAAAAGUGGUCCAGUUUGUCAACGUUUUGGAUCAUAUGGACAAUUUUCUUUACGACAAAGCGAAGAACUUCAUUCGUAAGCUCAACGUGAUGUACGACAUGGGCGGAAACGAGAGAUACCGUAGAACUUCUUUUAAAUAAUAACAAAAAAAUCUCACACCAAUUAAAAUUAAAUUGUGAGA